AGGAAGUGGGGGAAGGGUUCAUGGAGAGCUUCACCACGCCUCGUUCUUCCUUCAGGCUGAGACGCCAAGCCAAAAGCUGAUCCCAGCAGCUAAACUCAGCAGAGAUUCCGACAGCUUUGCUAGCAGCUGCCUGAUUCCUCUCCAAAUAGGCCUCCUUGCCCAGCACUCCCUAUCACUGCCUAUUCACAAUGGCCAGGAAUCACCUAGUACAGAAAGCCAAGCUAGCUGAACAGGCUGAGCGUUAUGAGGAUAUGGCUGAUUUCAUGAAGGCAGUAGUAGAGGAUGGAGCCGAACUCUCUAAUGAAGAACGCAAUCUGCUCUCGGUUGCCUACAAGAAUGUAGUCGGCUGUCAGAGAUCGGCAUGGCGGGUUGUCUCCAGCAUUGAGCACAAGACGGAGGAAGGAGAUGACAAAGCUCAGCUGGUCAAUGAAUAUCGGGAGAAGAUCGAGAAAGAGCUGAAGAACGUUUGCAAUGUGGUCUUGGGGCUCUUAGACAAGCAUCUCAUUCAGAAAGCUAGCGACCCAGAAAGCAAAGUGUUCUAUUUAAAAAUGAAAGGCGACUACUUCCGUUACCUGGCUGAGGUGGCUGCUGGGGAUGAUCGAAAGCAGAUAAUUGACAAUGCCCGAAAAGCUUACCAAGAGGCAAUGGACAUCAGCAAGAAGGAGAUGCAACCCACAAAUCCUAUCCGCCUGGGCCUUGCUCUUAACUUCUCCGUGUUCCAUUAUGAAAUUGCCAAUGCUCCAGAAGAGGCAAUCAAGCUGGCCAAGACGACCUUCGAUGAAGCCAUGGGUGACCUCCACACGCUCAGUGAAGAUUCCUACAAAGACAGCACUCUCAUCAUGCAACUUCUCAGGGACAAUCUCACAUUAUGGACAGCGGAGUGCUCAGGAGAAGAAGGCGGAGAAGCGGGUGAAGAGCCAAAGAACUGAACUUUUUAGACAAUAGAAUGAUGGUAACUCCACAUCUCCCUUCCACUUUUGUUCUUUUUUCCAACACAUGGUAUUUUUUUAUAAGACGCAUCUCCAGUUCCUGAAAGUUUCAACGGGAUUUUGACAGCAAAAGGGGAUGGAUUCAUAAAUGACUUAAGCAUUUAUCCACUUGUCCUCAUGUGACAGCUUUGGGAUUACCUUGGUCCUUGGGCCCCAUUCUUCCUGGUAUGUGACAUCUGCUAGACUCACCGCAGCCUGGAACUCCUUGCUUGGGUUUUUUUUCAUAAACUCUUGUGUUUGGUACAGCAC